AGAUCGUCGAUGGCAACGCGAAGAUGACGCUGGGCAUGAUCUGGACCAUUAUCCUCAGAUUUGCCAUCCAGGACAUCUCGGUGGAAGAGACCUCGGCGAAGGAGGGCUUGCUGCUGUGGUGUCAGAGGAAGACGGCUCCCUACAAGAACGUCAACGUGCAGAACUUCCACAUCAGCUGGAAAGACGGUCUUGCUUUCAAUGCCUUGAUCCACAGACACAGACCGGAGCUCAUUGAAUACGACAAACUCAGAAAGGAUGACCCCGUGACGAAUCUGAACAACGCCUUCGAAGUGGCGGAGAAGUACCUGGACAUCCCCAAGAUGCUGGAUGCAGAGGACAUUGUCAACACAGCUCGCCCCGACGAGAAAGCCAUCAUGACCUAUGUGUCGAGCUUCUACCAUGCCUUUUCUGGGGCUCAGAAGAUGGCCGUUUUGUCUCUUGUUGACUCGGGAACCAGACCUCAGCUUGUUCACAUGGAUAUUGUAGGCACUCUCAGGCCCGAUGAGAAGGCCAUCAUGACAUACGUUUCCUGCUUCUACCACGCUUUCUCGGGUGCUCAGAAGCUGCUGGAGUGGAUCAAGCGCACCAUCCCUUGGCUGGAGGACCGCAGCCCGCAGAAGACCAUACAAGAGAUGCAGCAGAAGCUGGAAGACUUCCGCGACUACCGACGCGUCCACAAGCCCCCCAAAGUGCAGGAGAAAUGCCAGCUGGAGAUCAACUUCAACACCCUGCAGACAAAACUCCGGCUGAGCAACAGACCUGCUUUCAUGCCCUCCGAGGGGAAAAUGGUCUCG